GGGGAGGGUGUGCGGCUGGGGCGAGAAUGUGGGAACCAGCCUGAGAUGUGUGGUUUAAGCAUUUAGAGUCCUUUGCUUGUUUCCCACAUGACUUCAAAAGCUGUGAGUCUGUUCUUGGGAGUUGCACCUUCACCUCAAGGUGCAACAGCUGCAGGCAGGACGGCUGUGUGGCUUUCUGACGACGUAAUCCUGCUUGCUGGAUCUUAGCCAACAUGACAAGCCUCCUGCGUACAGUUGUUACUAAUUGCUCCAGUCCUCUUUUCAACAAUGUGAUGUGUCACAAGGUGAAGACGGUGAAGACGCCAUGUUUACGAACAUUCCGCACCCACCAGGUACUCUGGUGCCAGGCACCUGUCAAACCAGGUAUUCCAUAUAAACAACUGACGGUGGGCGUUCCCAAAGAGGUUUUUCAGAAUGAGAAAAGAGUUGCCUUGUCACCCGCUGGAGUUCAAGCAUUGGUGAAACAGGGUUUCAAUGUUGUUGUGGAAUCGAGCGCAGGAGACGCUUCCAAAUUCUCUGAUGACCAUUAUAGAGAGGCAGGGGCACAGAUCCAAGGAACGAAGGAAGUUUUGGCUUCUGAUUUAGUGGUCAAAGUAAGAGCCCCUAUGUUUAAUCCUGCUCUCGGUGUACAUGAAGCAGAUCUGUUUAAGUCAUCUGGUACCCUGAUCAGUUUUAUCUAUCCGGCUCAAAACCCAGACCUCUUGAACAAACUGGCUGAAAGAAAAACUACUGUCUUGGCUAUGGACCAGGUCCCACGCGUUACCAUUGCUCAGGGAUAUGAUGCUCUUAGCUCCAUGGCCAACAUAGCUGGGUACAAGGCAGUUGUGCUGGCAGCCAAUCAUUUUGGUCGAUUUUUCACAGGUCAAAUCACAGCGGCUGGCAAAGUCCCUCCAGCUAAGGUUCUGAUCAUUGGAGGAGGAGUUGCUGGAUUAGCAUCUGCAGGAGCAGCUAAGUCAAUGGGAGCCGUAGUUCGUGGCUUUGAUACCAGGGCUGCAGCAUUGGAACAAUUCAAAUCGCUAGGUGCUGAGCCUUUGGAGGUCGACCUAAAAGAAUCUGGUGAAGGCCAGGGAGGUUACGCAAAAGAGAUGUCCAAAGAGUUCAUUGAAGCCGAAAUGAAACUCUUUGCCAAACAAUGCCAAGAUGUCGACAUUAUCAUCACAACAGCGCUCAUUCCUGGUAAAAAAGCUCCAAUUCUCUUUCGAAAAGAUAUGAUUGAACUGAUGAAGGAAGGUUCAGUUGUUGUGGAUUUAGCUGCUGAAGCAGGGGGAAACAUUGAAACUACAAAGCCAGGAGAGCUUUACGUUCACAAGGGAAUAACACACAUAGGUUAUGCAGAUCUUCCCAGCAGAAUGGCAACUCAAGCCAGCACCUUGUAUUCCAAUAACAUCACGAAGCUCCUAAAGGCCAUAAGCCCGGACAAAGAAAACUUCUAUUUCGACCUAAAGGAUGAAUUUGAUUAUGGUACUCUGGACCAUGUUGUUAGAGGAACAGUGGUAAUGAAGGAUGGAAAGGUGAUUUUUCCCAUGCCACCUCCUAAGAACGUUCCUCAGGCAGCUCCUGUGAAACAGAAGUCCGUGGCAGAGUUGGAAGCAGAAAAAGCAGCCACAGUUACUCCCUUCAGGAAGACAAUGACUACUGCCUCUGCGUACACAGCAGGACUCACUACCAUGCUCGGGCUGGGGAUUGCAGCUCCAAAUUCAGCUUUCACACAGAUGGUGACAACCUUCGGCUUGGCUGGGAUCGUUGGGUACCACACUGUGUGGGGUGUGACUCCUGCACUCCACUCACCACUCAUGUCGGUGACUAAUGCCAUCUCAGGGCUGACUGCAGUUGGUGGGCUAGCACUGAUGGGGGGAAACUACCUCCCUGAAACAGUGCCUCAAAGCCUUGCUGUUCUUGCUGCUUUUGUCUCUUCGGUCAACAUUGCAGGUGGCUUCCUGGUCACACAGAGGAUGCUGGAUAUGUUCAAGCGGCCCACUGAUCCUCCAGAAUACAAUUACUUAUACCUGUUGCCUGCUGGUGUAUUUGUAGGAGGAUACGGAGCAGCUCUCCAAAGCGGGUAUAAUGUUGAACAGAUGGUAUACCUGGGCUCAGGCUUGUGCUGUGUUGGUGCUCUGGCUGGCCUCUCCACUCAAGGAACAGCUCGACUUGGCAAUGUGUUGGGCAUGAUAGGAGUUGCUGGGGGCUUGGCAGCUACUCUUGGAGGCCUGAGACCAUCGCCUGAGCUGCUGGGUCAGAUGUCAGGCGCAAUGGCCCUGGGUGGCACUAUAGGUCUGACUAUUGCUAAGCGCAUCCAGAUUUCGGAUUUACCUCAGUUAGUGGCUGCUUUCCACAGCUUGGUUGGCCUGGCUGCUGUCCUCACCUGUGUGGCGGAGUACAUGAUUGAGUAUCCCCAUUUCGCUACUGAUCCAGCUGCAAACCUCACCAAGAUUGUGGCUUAUCUUGGGACCUAUAUUGGAGGCGUAACUUUCAGUGGCUCUCUUGUUGCUUAUGGAAAGCUACAGGGUGUCCUGAAUUCUGCCCCACUCCUCUUACCGGGACGACACUUAUUGAAUGCUGGUUUGCUAGCUGCAAGCAUAGGGGGAAUGGUUCCCUAUAUGAUUGAUCCUAGUUAUGCAACUGGGCUUACUUGUUUAGGGUCUGUGUCAGCGCUGUCUGCUGUUAUGGGUGUCACUCUAACAGCAGCCAUAGGAGGGGCUGACAUGCCAGUCGUUAUUACUGUCCUGAACAGCUAUUCUGGUUGGGCGCUCUGUGCCGAAGGUUUCCUGCUGAACAACAACUUGCUAACGAUUGUGGGCGCGCUAAUUGGUUCCUCUGGUGCCAUCCUGUCUUAUAUCAUGUGUGUGGCCAUGAACCGUUCUCUUACCAAUGUGAUCCUUGGUGGAUAUGGCACCACUUCGACAGCUGGUGGGAAGCCGAUGGAAAUUACUGGCACUCAUACGGAAGUGAAUGUGGACAGCGCAGUUGACAUGAUAAAGGAGGCCAAUAACAUCAUAAUCACUCCAGGUUAUGGGCUAUGUGCAGCAAAGGCUCAGUACCCAAUUGCUGAUUUGGUGAAAAUGCUGAGUGAACAAGGCAAGCAUGUCAGGUUCGGUAUUCAUCCUGUGGCUGGUCGUAUGCCCGGACAACUGAAUGUGCUGCUUGCAGAAGCUGGUGUGCCGUACGACAUUGUCCUAGAAAUGGAUGAGAUCAAUGAAGACUUUCCAGAAACGGAUCUGGUCCUUGUCAUUGGAGCUAAUGACACAGUGAAUUCAGCUGCCCAGGAAGAUCCAAACUCUAUCAUUGCUGGAAUGCCAGUUUUAGAAGUUUGGAAGGCAAAGCAGGUCAUUGUUAUGAAGCGAUCUCUUGGUGUUGGAUAUGCAGCUGUGGACAAUCCCAUCUUCUACAAACCCAACACGGCCAUGCUUCUAGGGGAUGCUAAGAAGACCUGUGAUGCCUUGCAGGCCAAAGUGAGAGAGUCCUACUAGAAAUAAAUGUCUCAUGAAAAGCUACCCUUCGGCCAGUAUGAACAAAAAUUCUAAAAGUGUUAUAUACGUCAACGUUAAAAGUCAAGGGUAAUAAAGUGUUCUUGAAAUGAAGGUCUAGGGAAAAAUGUUAAGGUCCAGAAAAACAUGAAAAGUAAAAACAAACCCUGAAGUGCAAUUCUGGCUUCUUGAGGGGCCAGAGCCUGGAAUAAGUAUUUUUGAAUGCAGCAGUUUUUUCCCUUGGUAGCUUACACAUGUAAUACAGUGACACUCAGGAAUUUAGGGAAUCUGACCAUUUAGUGUGACAUGAUAAGGGAAACAUGCAUAAACAAGGGCAGUUGCUGCCACUUUUUUUAAAAAAAACAACAACAUUCUUUGACUUCAAUCCUUGCUAUUGGUUCCAAGUGAACACAGAAUUUGGCUGAUCAGUCAUUUGCAAAGUCAACCAGAUAUUUUAUCAUUUCACCGCCUUUUACUUGUGACCUUUUAAAUUAGUCUUCCUCACUCUGGUGCCCUACAGAUGUUUUGCAUUACAACUCCAAACAUUCCUGGCCUGUGGCUGAGGCUGAUGGGAGUUGCAAUCCAAAACAUUUGGAGGGAGCCAGGUUGGGGGAGAUAGUUUGAAACAGAUUGGGGUAUUUUGGGGAGGGGGAGGGUAGUUUUUGUUAACGGGAGUCCUUGUCGCUCAAUGGGAAGGGCCGAUAGCUCAGUGGUAGAGCACAGGUUUUGCAUGCAGAAGGUCCCCAGUUCAAUCCCCGGAAUUUCCAGGUAGGGUUGGGAGAAGAUGCUUGCCUAAAACUCUGGACAGCCCCUCCCAAUCAAUGUAGAUAAUACUGGACUAGAUGAACCAAUUGUCUGACCCAGGAUAAGGCAGCUUCCGAUCUUCCUUUGUACUUUUGAAACACAUUUUGAUACAUUUGUAAUCAACACAUUUGAGAUGCUGGAAAUGGGCACUUCCUUGCUCAACGUCAGAUGCUGCAAAAGAGAUGUGACUCCAGACUACCUGGAAUACCUUUUUAAUUAUGUGAGCAAAUGUGGAUGAACUGAUACGCUUCAGGGAAAAAAAAAGAGAUUCUGAUUAUUGGUCUUCCUUUUAAUUUAAUAAAGAUAACUAUUAAAACGACAGGUCAGUGGUAAAUAUGGUUCUUUAUGGCUUCCAGUGCAGCCUUGAUCAUAUUCAGUGCACUUGAGUGGAACUCAAAUGUUUGACUAAUAAAAUGAAUUUGUCAUGUUUGCAUAAUAAUGUAGCAACCGUCCGUGGUGACAGAGGCAAAAUAAAUAGCUGUAAUUGUGUUAGAAAGCCUUAACAUCUGGGCAAGACAGACUACUAUGAAGUGAGUUAAACUUAGCCCAACUUGACUGUUUAUAAAUCCUGAUGUUUAUCAUUGUGCUUAUUGUGACCUUCUAAUUUAAUAGCAGAUGAAAAUUAUGUCCAUCUAGCUACCUCCUGUUUUUGUAUGGUGAAGAUCCCGUAUGUUGAACAUCAAGAAAUGACAGUGGGCUGAACAUAGCUCUGAACUUUCAGGCCCAAUUGAAAGGAUGCUUUGGCUCAGCUCCCAUUUAUUUUAGCAGGACUUGUGAAGAAAAAGCACUCUUGUGUUUUUAAAAACCUUUCCUGUUUAAUCUGCUUAGCAAAGAGGACCAAAACAUCAAUAGGUCAUCCUGAUGUAUAAGAAUACUUGAGCCACAACAUUCUAAUGUAAAAUUUUGGGGCAGCUAUGUUUUGGUGGAACCUGUUCUGGGACCUCAGUUUGAUUGCGUUGGUAACGUACAUACAUUUCUAUACAUCCUGCAUGUUAAAUCUGUACAGCACCAUGUACACUGAUGGUGCUAUAUAAAUAAAUAAUAAUAAUAACAUGGCUGAGAGCUAGCUUUGGAUGGUUUAAUGCUGCCUUAAAGCUAUAGUGACUGACUUGUUUAAAAUAUUUUAUUCUUUUAAUUUGAAGAUACACAAGCAGCUUGUAAGAGGACCAGAAGUACCAUUGUUAAUGUUAGAAUUGUGUUUAUAUUAUGGAACAUGAGAGAACUAUUUAAAAAUAAAAAAUGAAGUGAACAAAUUAUCAAGUGUCCUGCAAAA